AUGGGCGAGUUUGGCCCCCGAAAAUGUGGCCAGAGCGCCUCCCAGCCGGAAAUAACCAUAGAGCUGAUCCGGGGAGAUAACGGCACGGACCGGAAGCUCACUCACUUCCGGCGGUGCUCACCCCUUUCCGUUCCGUCGCGCUCACUUCCUGUCCGACCCCUUCCCCUUCCGGCCCCGGUGAGUCCCAAAAUCGCCGCGUUUUACCCCAAAAUCGCCGCGUUUCGCCCCAAAACACGACGGGGGAGGGGAGGGGAGCUUCGCCCUUCGCCAGGGCCCGGCGCGUUCCUCCCGGUCCCUCUCACAGCCCCGAUUUCCCCCCUUUUCCCCCCAAAAUCGCUCCGAGCGCGCCUUUUUCCCGUUUUCCCCCGUUUUUCACCCCAAAAGGGGCGGGUGCGGCUCAAGCUCGAGGCUGCUUUGGGUCAGACCGGGUUCGGUUUGAGUCCAUUUAGGUCAGUUUGGGUCGAUUUGGGCCAAUUUGGGUUAAUUUGGGCCAAUUUGGGUCAAUUUGGGUCGAUUUGGGCCAAUUUGGGCCAAUUUGGGUCAAUUUGGGCCAAUUUAGGUCAAUCCAGGCUCGAUUUGGGUCAAUUUGGGCCGAUUUCGGUCAAUUUGGGCUCAAUUUGGGCCAAUUUCGGUCAAUCUGGGCUCAAUUUGGGUCAAUUUGGGCCAAUUUGGGCCAAUUUCGGUCAAUCCGGGCUCGAUUUGGGUCAAUCCGGGCUCAAUUUGGGUCAAUUUGGGCCAAUUUGGGCCGAUUUCGGUCAAUCCGGGCUCGAUUUAAGUCAAUCCAGGCUCAUUUUGGGUCAAUCCAAGGCCGAUUUGGGUCAAUUUGGGCCAAUUUCGCUCACUCCAGGCUCAUUUUGGGUCAAUCCAAGGCCAAUUUGGGUCAAUUUGGGUCAAUUUGAGCCGAUUUCGCUCACUCCAGGCUCAUUUUGGGUCAAUCCAAGGCCAAUUUGGGUCAAUUUGAGCCGAUUUCGCUCACUCCAGGCUCAUUUUGGGUCAAUCCAAGGCCAAUUUAGGUCAAUUUGGGCCAAUUUCGCUCACUCCAGGCUCAUUUUGGGUCAAUCCAAGGCCGAUUUGGGCCAAUUUGGGUCAAUUUGAGCCGAUUUCGCUCACUCCAGGCUCAUUUUGGGUCAAUCCAAGGCCAAUUUGGGUCAAUUUGAGCCGAUUUCGCUCACUCCAGGCUCAUUUUGGGUCAAUCCAAGGCCGAUUUGGGUCAAUUUGAG